UCUAAAGGCUGAAGAUUCCAACCUCGUCAAACAAAGCAACAUAGUCAAAUUCCACAAAUAUCUAGGUAGUUACUUACCUACUACCCAACCAUGACAUCUAAAAGCAUAAAAGAAAAACGCUUCUUGUAUCCCCCAGAAGAGACGGAUCAAGCUACCGAGACCGGGACGGAGGGAGAUCUUCUAGACGGCGGGAGACGGAAGCGUAGGAAGAGAGAUGCCAAUGUCUACGAUGCUGUAGCAGCACGGGUCACCAGCAAUCUACCUCUGGACGAUGGGUCCGGAUCCGAGGUACAAACUCACCACGUCCGGACACCGCGGGACCACUUUCGGGACUCUACGCUCGCACCAGAGGAGGUACUCUUCCGCCGGAUCCGCGCGCCCGUCCGCUACGCCGAGAAGGACAUCUACCAGGCCCACGAGGCCUUGCAGGAUGGUGGCAGAGGCGUACUACCCGACAGCGACAUGCUCAAGGCGAUUCACAGCUACGCGAGUCACUUCUACGCCGCCCUCGCCACCACGACGCCCCAGGGAUCUCGAAGCGAGCCUGCCGCCCGAAACAUCGACGAGCGCAGCAUGGACGAGACCGCCCUCCUGGCCCUCGGCAUCCUGGUCGAGGAGGCGGGUCGCGAGGCGCUCGGGAAAAUGGGCGAUCUGGUGUUUACCGAGGGUGUGGAAUUGGAAGCGGACGGGGAGCCAGGGGAAUGACCGCUGUAAGUUUGUGGAUUCGCGAGGCGGCGAUGACGAACUGGGGAUGCUUUGUUUGUUGAUGCUUGAUGCUUGAUGCUUGAUGCUGGUCGCAAAGAAAGUCGCAGAGUCGUAAUCUUAACACAGCGUAAUAAGCUGAGCGAACAGCCCUGGAGAGUUACAACCGCCGGCCCGAGGCGCAGACAAGCCAGAACCUGGAAUUGAAACAGAGCAUAUGUGAUAGGAUCAGUUUCGAUCGCCUCGCCCGUGAAGGAAGGUU